AUGAAAUCAGAGAAUUCAGGCCCUUUAAACUAAGAGUAUCUUGAGCUGACGAUAAAUCAUCCAAAAUAAUAAGAUAUCAGCAAUAGUACAAAUGCGAAAUAGGGUCAUUGGAGUCAGGAGGAGCAUCAAUAAUAUGUCUAAUUCUUACUUCGAGCAAAAGGAUCAGGAGAUUCGCAAAGAAAAGGACAACCAUUAUUUAAAAGGAUGAGUUAGAUAAUUGGCACUCGAACGCCAAGUUAAUGCAGAUCCCAUCACUAAAAAUUCAAUCCAUUUAAUCCUCGUUUGAGAAGAAAUCAUAAGAGAAGAUAAUUGGCAAAAAUAGAAAAGCCUUUUAAUAGAACAAAACAACUCAUCAGAUAAUAUUUUAAUAAACACAAAAUUCAUUCUGAUGAUGAAAAUGAGAAUGAAUGA